AUGAGGCAGCAGCAGAACCACCGCCGAGGCAGCAGCAGAACCACCGAUGAGGCAGCAGUAGAACCACCUCCGAGGCAGCAGCAGAACCACCGCCGAGGCAGCAUUAAGAACCAUCGCCGAGGCAGCAGCAGAACCACCAAUGAGGCAGCAGCAGAACCACCUCCAAGGCAGCAGCAGAACCACCGCCGAGGCAGCAUUAAGAACCAUUGCCGAGGCUGCAGCAGAACCACCGCCGAGUCAGCAGCAGAACCACCUCCAAGGGAGCAGCAGAACCACUGUCGAGGCAACAGAAACACCGCCGAGUCAGCAGCAGAACCACCGAUGAAGGAGCAGCAGAACCACUGCCGAGUCAGCAGAACCGCAGCAGAACUACUGCCAAGGCAGCAGAACCACUGUCGAGGCAACAGAAACACCGCCGAGUCAGCAGCAGAACCACCGAUGAAGGAGCAGCAGAACCACCUCCAAGGUGGGAGUGAGGGUACAGCAGGGCAGCUGGUGUACAGGGUCUAUCACGCUGACUGCCCCCAUCCCUCUGCCCACCCCAUCGCAACUAUAGCCACCGAUGGUGCUGCAGGCGGUAUUGCACCUGGCAAUGCCAGCCUAGUCAAUGGUAAAAUACAGGAUGGCAAUAUGGAGAACAACCAGACUAAAGUCAAGAAGCAGGACGGAGCGGCUGCCAUGGAGAUGCAGCCUCUGAAGAGCGCCGAGGGAGGAGAGAUGGAGGAGAAGGAGAAGAAGAAAGCAAAUGUCUCCAAGAAGGAGAAGUCUGUCCUCCAGGGGAAACUGACCAAGCUGGCUGUUCAGAUCGGCAAAGCAGGUCUGGUGAUGUCAGCCAUCACAGUGAUCAUCCUGGUGCUGUACUUUGCUGUGGACAACUUUGUCCUGCAGAAGAGGCCGUGGCUGACGGAGUGCACUCCCAUCUACGUACAAUACUUUGUCAAGUUCUUCAUCAUCGGUGUCACUGUGCUGGUGGUGGCUGUACCCGAGGGGCUGCCCCUGGCCGUCACCAUCUCCCUGGCCUACUCUGUCAAGAAAAUGAUGAAGGAUAAUAACCUGGUGCGUCACCUGGAUGCGUGUGAGACGAUGGGGAACGCCACGGCCAUCUGCUCCGACAAGACCGGCACUCUGACCACCAAUCGCAUGACGGCCGUAGCGUGCUACGUGGGAGACGUCCACUACAAGGAGAUACCAGACCCCGGAGCGCUGACGGCCAAGUCUCUGGACAUACUGGUCAAUGCCAUCUCCCUCAACAGCGCCUACACCACAAAGAUACUGCCUGCCACCAAGGAGGGUGGUCUGCCCAUGCAAGUGGGCAACAAGACAGAGUGUGGUCUGCUUGGCCUGGUGCUGGACCUGAAGAGAGACUAUCAGCCCAUCCGUAACCAGAUCCCAGAGGAGAAACUCUACAAGGUGUACACCUUCAACUCGGCCAGGAAGUCCAUGUCCACUGUCAUCAAACUAUCAGACGGCAGCUUCAGGAUGUACAGCAAGGGAGCCUCUGAGAUCGUCCUGAAGAAGUGCACUAAGAUCCUGAACCAGGAAGGCGAGCCGCGGGUGUUCCGUCCCCGAGAUAAGGACGAGAUGGUGAAGAAGGUGAUCGAGCCGAUGGCGUGUGACGGGCUGCGGACCAUCUGUGUGGCGUACCGUGACUUCCCUGCCGACCCAGAACCACUCUGGGACAACGAGAACGACAUCCUCAAUGAGCUGACGGCCGUCUGUGUGGUCGGGAUAGAGGACCCUGUCAGACCAGAGGUACCAGAUGCCAUUAUAAGGUGCCAGCGUGCAGGCAUCACGGUGCGUAUGGUGACAGGUGACAACAUCAACACGGCCAGGGCCAUCGCCAUCAAGUGUGGCAUCAUCCACCCUGGAGAAGACUUCCUGUGUAUCGACGGCAAGGAGUUCAACAGGAGGAUCCGCAACGAGAAGGGAGAGGUUGAGCAGGAGCGCAUGGACAAGGUGUGGCCUAAACUGCGAGUCCUGGCUAGAUCCUCCCCUACUGAUAAACACACACUGGUCAAAGGCAUCAUAGACAGCUGCUUGACAGACCAGAGACAGGUGGUGGCGGUGACAGGAGACGGGACUAACGAUGGACCAGCCCUGAAGAAGGCUGACGUGGGCUUUGCCAUGGCCCCAGUGAAGGCCCCUAUGACAGCCACCACUUGA